ACGCUAAGUAUGAGUGGGACGACACUAGCAGGACUUUUGUGAAGUAAUGGAAGGAAUGUUGUAUGAGAAAUGAAUUAGCUGACAUUAGUACCGGCGAGUUUCGUGGGCACGUGUGAUAAACAUGUCGUUUCAGUGGGAAUGGCCGGUGAUCGGUUGACAGUGGCUAGUGUUUUUAGGCCGAAUUGACCGGUGUUUUGGUGGAGUGGCGACGGGCCGCUGAGAGAGUGUUGUGUGGUGUUGUAGGCUGCCGUGCAUGAUCAUACCUGUCUUACUUUAUCUGCGGUCUCGUCAGUGCGUCUUAGAUAGCCACAUACCGACCCGCCGCAUUCCAUUCUAUAUAAUACACGGAAUAUACCUGCUGUGUUUUACGUCUGGAGAAAGUCACCAUUCUGCAAGAUUGGAAUGCUAAAAUGCUCUAUGUGCAGGGUAGUUUCGUGCUGUGGACCAGACAGGAUUUACCUUUACCUACGUUAGGAUAACUUACUUCUGUGAGUUUAGUAUUAUAAUUACAGGCCAAGAGAAUUUACGUGCCUGGAAUUAUGUCUUCUGGAGUGAAUUUUAUGGCAUCCCCUCUGGUUGUUUGGGUUGAAACCUUUCAGCCAGAGGGUUCUGCAGCUCUUCAGUAUAAGGAUUUAUAUGAUGGGGUCUUUUUGAAUGAUGUUCUACAGCAAAUUGACCCCAGGCCUGGCUAUAAUAACAUCGUCAGAGAUGUGGAAGAUGAAAACACACGUCUCUUAAACUGGGAUGUCCUCAUCAACAACAUCAGAGCUUACUACACAGACGUGCUGCAACAGCUGAUAGUGACGAAGAUGCCUAAUAUCCAGGUGAUUUGCCGGGAGCCUGAUAAAGAUUCCAGUUUUGAGGAGUUGAAGAAAGUCAUCUUGCUUAUCCUGGGAUGUGCUGUACAGUGUGAGAACAAGGAGAUAUUCAUAGAGAACAUCAAAUCACUGGAUGUAGACGUACAGCAUGCUAUUGUUGAACACAUCAAAGAGGUAACUGAUGACAGCCAGACGAUCCUGCACAUUGACCCGCCAGACCAGCUAGAAGUGUAUGUGGAGAAGAUGUUCUCACACAUCACACGUCUCAUCAAGGAGAGAGAUGAUUACUCCGAGGUAAUAGGUGACUUAGUACAGGAAAGAGACUAUUACCAAUCCCAGGCAGAAGGGCAGACAACUCCUGUGGUCAACACUAGUCCAGAAAAACAUCAUCUUGCUGUGGAGCUGGCAGAGAUGAAGGCCAAACUGAGGCGUGCCAGGCAGGAACUAGAAGAAAAGUCUGAGCAGCUAUCAGAUCUAAAGGAAGAACUUCAGUCUAAUAAAGAUGUCAUUAAUAAAUUAAGAUCUGAGAAUUUGGACUUAACCCAAGAUGCAAGAGCUGCCCGCACAUACAGAGAUGAACUGGACGUGUACAAAGAAAAGGCAAGCAAAGUGGACAAAUAUGAAGCAGAAAUUGUCAAAUACAAGGAGAAGUUGGACCAGUUGGAGUUCUUCAAAAGCAGAGUGGAGGACUUGAGAGCAGACAAUGCCAUACUGGUGGACACGAAGACCAUGCUAGCAGAACAGCUAGAGAACAGCCACAAGAGAGUUGAGACGGUCAUCGAACUGGAGAAUGAGUUGUUGAGAUACAGACAACAACUGGAACACGUGUCAGCGGAACGUGAUUCAGAUAGGGCACGUAUUCAGGAGCUCACAGAGGAAAUUGCUCGCUUGGAAUUUGCCAAGAAAAACAGUAUGAAUGAAAGUGCUACAUUGGAACAAGAACUAGAAGAAGCUAGGAAACAAGUUGGAGGUAAAGGUGGAACAUUAUCUGACCAAAUGCAGGAGACAGCAAAUUCCAGGAUUUUACGUCUGGAGUUAGAGAACCAACGCCUGCUGCAGAAAGUCGAGGAAAUGAGAGAAAAGAGUCUGAUAGAAAACAGUACUGUUCAUUUGGAGCUAGAGAGAGAGAAUCAGCGAUUGGCCAAAAAGGUGGAGAAGCUGCAGGAGGCUUCUUCCACCAUGACUCAGCAAGUUUUAGAAUUUGAAUCUAAGGAAAGAGGCUUGACAGUAGAGAAGGAAGAUCUGCUGCAGACUAUAGAAACUGUGAAGGAAAAUGCUGAGAGGCAAGUGAAGGAAUUAGAGCAGGAAAAUAUGCAUUUAAAUGAUACUCUCCAAACGUUGAGAGAAAGGACAGAAAAAACUAAUGAUCUGCGUAUUAAGGAGGUCGAAAAAGAAAAUAAAAGACUGCAUGAAAACGUGAGCGCUUUAACGAGUCAGAUUUCUAAGCUUGACUUUGAGAACAGACAGUUGAGUAAAGGGAAUGAGCGCUUGAAAGAAAGCUCCAACAAAAUUGCAGUGAUGGAGCAGGAAAUCGAUAGCCUUGAGAAGGAAAAUUCUGAACUUUAUCAGGAGGCUGCAACGUUGCGGUUGACGUGUGAAAAAUACAAGAACUUGGAAGAGGAGAACUGUGAUUUGGACCUGGAGAACAGGAAAUUGUGUAAAACUGUGGAAUCUUUACAGGUUCUAGUGAAUAAAAAGGAAAGCCUAGAGCAGGACAAUAUUAAUUUAACUGUUGAAAAUCAAAGAUUAACAAGGACGUUGGAAACAUUCAAAAAUAGCUCUUCAACAACUGUUAGUGAACUGGAAGCAGAAAAAGAAGAGCUUAAUAAGGAACUUCAACAUGUGAAAAAUGUUGAAACCCAGAAGAUUGAGAGAGCUAAAUAUGAACAAAUGGAGAUUGAUCUUCUGGAUAUCGAUGGUGAAAAUCAGAAAGUAAACAUCUUAGAAUCUACAACACGAAGAGUUCAACAGCUCGAACAGGAUAAUAAUGAUUUAGAGGUGGAAAAUGAGAAGCUCCAGAAAACCUUAGACAAUUUGAAAAUCUGUGAAAAACUAGAAGACGUUGAACGCGACAAGUCCGAGUGGAGUCUGAAAGUAUAUAAUUUGUCCAAAGAAAAGACAUUUUUAGAGAAAGAGAACAAGAAGAUGAAGCAUUCUCUUGAUGUGAAGGAGACAGCCAUUGAUGAGGCUCAGGCAAAGCUAAUGUCCAUGGACAGGGAGAUGAAGGCUUUGCGGAAGUCAUUGGAACAGAGUAAAGAUGUCAGUUCUCGUAUCAAAGAGCUGGAGAAGGAAAAGCGUGACAUUUUCCAGCAGUUGUCAGUGGAAAAGAAAACAGUGGCCUCACUAAGAGAGGACCUGUUUAAUGAGAAGUUACGCACACAGCAGCUGAGUAAUGACCUUGAGAGGUUACACCAAGAGCUGGAACACAUCGGGAUUAACAGAGACAAGCUGACCUUGGCCCAGACAUCUCAGGAAGACAAUCGAUACAAAGCUUUAGAGAGUAUGAUGGAGGAAACGUUGACCAAGAAUAUGCAGAUCAAAGAAGAGAAAAUCCAUGCAUUAGAGAGCAGGCUUGAGGAAUCUAAGAGCCGUAACAUAAAGCUUCAGGAUGAGUUCCGUCUGGUGAUGCGGGAAUGUGAGUCUUUGAAGCAGAGGUAUGAGGAGGAGAGUCUGGCAAAGACUGGAGACAGCCAUGGUAACCGUCCAGUACCACCACCCAAACCAGGCAACUCCACACGGGAAAUUCUAAAGCUGAAAGACCAUCUGGUUGAAGUGGAAAGAUCAAAUGCCACCCUACUGGCAGAAAACAAGAGUCUCAAGUCACACAAUGACUCCCUAAACCAGCAGCUUCAGAGAAUGGAGUCUCAGUCUUCCUCCGUCCAGUCCCACGUGAUGUCGCUCCAGGGGCAGACGAGUGCUCUGCAGAAUGACAAGGCACGACUCCAGGUGGAGAACACCACGCUGCAGUCACAGUGUGCGUCAUUCAUGUCCCAGGUGACUGGUCUACAGGGCCAGCUCAGUGGACUAGAGUCAGAUCAUGAACGGCUCAUUAAUUCACACGAACAGUUGCAAAGUGCUCACGAACAACUGGUGAUGGAUCAUGAAGCUUUGCAGCGCCUCCACGAACAGUUGACGGUGGAGUACGAGGGUCUGAUAUCUGAACACGGCUCUCUAAAAUCUCUGUUCAAGGCUGCAAAAGAAGAAGUUAAGGAUCUUCACGAACAAAUAGACAGUCUUCUGCAGGGGAAAAACGAUGUGAGCAAGAUUCGCAAUACUCUCGAAAGAGAGCGUGAACAGCUGAAGAUGGAGUUAAAGUCAUUGGGAAAUUUACAAAUGGACUACAACCGUCUGCGUGAUGACCAUGAUCGGGUGAAAAGCACUCAUGAGAACUUGAAUAGGGAUUUCAAAGAUGUGUUGGUGGAACUUAAAAACACGAAGACGGAAUAUAACAAUUUACAACUGAAGCAUGCGGAGCUGCAGGGUAGCAUGGGGGACUGUAAAGAUCAGAUCCACACUAUGGAUGUAGAAAUGGUCAAGCUUGCAGACAGGUGUGAGAGCAUGUGUCAGAUGAACAGUAAGCUAGAGGAGGAAAACCGCGCCCUUAUGUUACAGGUACAGACCUUACUGAACCAGAACCAGGAAAUGCUGACUCAGGCUCUGGACAGUAAAGACCACCUGGGUGAAACCGAGAGAGCUUACCUGGAGAAAUUGGCUGAUUUGAGACGGCAGAAAGAGAAACUAGAAGAGAAGAUCAUGGAGCAAUAUAAGCUGGGACGAUGGGAUGUCUCGCCCAGAAAGAAAGCUGGUAUUGGAUCUACAAUAGUGAGGAAGGCAAAGGGUUUGAUUACCAGGGCACAUAGAAGUCGAAGUCGCCCUAACCUAGCUGAAAGCCCUGAUGACUCCUCUGUAGGGUCAUAUGGAGAGUCCAAUGACAUGAUGGAGGGGAGCAGAAAACUCACUUCUGAAGAGAUUAAGAACAGGCGGAAAAGUGCAGGUCACCUGACUGGCAACUCAAAUCUGUCCUCCAUGAACAAAAGUCUGGCAAAGUCGAGCAGCGCCCUGAAUUAUCGUCCUGAAGAAACCAAUCAGUUCAGAGAUGGCAGGUCUUACAGCACAGGAGAUGAUGAUGGUGGAUUCCGCAGCAUUUCCCCCUCCCCCAGGGACAACGGACGGCUAUCACCAGGCAGCCAAAUGGUUUCGUUAGAAGAAUUUCUGCUAGAAAGUAACAGUUCCCCUGAUCCCCAGCGUAGAAUGUUGCAUCAGCAAGACACCGAUUCUCGGGAUGGAAGUGACUCUGUGGAGCGAAACGGUCGCUCUGCAUCACAGCCCCCGCCUCAGCCUCGCCGUCAUGCACCCCCUCCCCCACCGUCCGACCCACCUCCGCCUCGCCCCAGGAACGUCUCCAGCCCUCCACCCGUGCCACAACACGAUCAUCAGGAUCUCAACAUCUCCCGAAUGUCCAGGAUCUCUGCCUCAAGUGUCGGGAGUUCAUCUGAGGAAAAGCCAGAAAUGUACAACAACAUAUUCACCAAAACUUCCACACCAAAAGUGAAUAAUGAUGAAUCGCAACAGCAGUAUCAGCGACAACACUACAACCGUCCAGGCUCAGCCACAGCAGAUCCGUCAAGGAGACAGCCGGCCUUUAACCCUGACCGAAACCACCAGGAAACAACAUAUGCAACUGUGAAUAAUUUGUACAGUCAGUCCCACCCUAACCGUAAAAGUCCAGCACCUCCAGAUUACCGCAGUUGGAACGGCAGAGAGAGAACAUUGUCACCACAACGUCCACCAAAGUCACCAGGGCCAGCCCAGCAGCAUUUUACCAACAAUAACCUGAACAACCAUAGUAUGCAGAUGCCUAACUAUUCUACUCAAAACCGACCUGCCAGUGCUCUCCCAUUCCAUGGUCGGAAAACCCCUGUAGAGAGAGACUGGCAGCAACACCAUCAUGGCCAGCCAUCUUCACCCAUGGUUAACCCCAAACCAAAGUCGUACACACCUCAACCUGCCAGUAGGAUUAUAUCAACCGCUAAUCUGAACCGUGAUCGUUCCCCACAGCCCGCCCGACCCUCAGGGGACUUCAUACACAAACCUAGUCCCUCUUACCCUGCAAAUUAUAACCCGGUCAUGUCCCCGAGACCUGUGAAUGGAAGCGGGGACCAGGGUCGACAGUUACCGUCCACACCAUCCUCCAUGUCAAACUAUGGACUGUCCCCUGGAGGCAGAAUGACACCCACCAGUAAACCUCAGCGACCACUUCUGUCAGACACAUCAAACAGCAACCUGAACAACUCUCAGAGCUCUACCUAUGGACAGCCUGUGAAUCGUGGGGACCCACAGCCUCUACACCAGUCUAAUAAUCAAGGGAGACAACCUGUGCCAACCCCACGGCGUACAGCAGAGAGCAGCCAAAUGAGUCGGGCAGGGACUUACGCAGAUGUGAGUGUACGCUCACCCGAGCAGACUCCAAACAAGGGCAUGAACGGACCAGAGAGUCAGCGUCCUGUUCACUCCCGCCAGCCUCAGCAGCAACAGCCAGUGGUUCUGGCCUCUAGACUGGCCUACCCAGCUAACGAACGUACAUCGGCCAGUCAGACUCCAACAGCCAGAAUACAACCCCAAACCAAACUGAACAAUAACAAUGGGCCACAACUGUCCAAAGCCAACAGUCCAGAGGGAGAGAAAGGGCCUAAAGAGAACUCUGUUUGGUAUGAGUAUGGCUGUGUGUGAUUCUACUGCGUACUCUACACGCCCACAUUGACUCAUCGAGCAUUCCAUUGUCAUCAUUCUCAUCUGUAUAUAGACGUCACCAUUUCUUCCCCCGGCAGUCCUCUUCCUAGCCUUUACUCGCAUGUUUUGUACAUUUACAUGUGCCAGCUAACCCCUCCAGCAGGGCAUGCUAACAAACCUGUUUGAUCGUCGGGCCUUCUCCCUCAGGUUAUCUCCCUUUAUUAACAUCUAUGCAAUCCAACCGCUGACACCAGCUUUCCUGGAAUUUUGACACAUGUUUUAUUUGUUUCAUUUACACCAGUACUGUGUUUCCUUGUGGUUUGUGUAAGUGUUUUAUGUCUGUUCUUUUACGAUGAUGUGCAUCUUGUCCAUGAUAUAACUUUUUUAAGAACAGGGUAUCAUACAUAUUCUUCCUCCUUUCUUUUAACCUAAUGUUUUUUUUUUUUUACAUAUAGGUACUCUGCUUUUGUGAAGGUUGAAAUUUAUAAGAGCGUAACACAAAUUAAUGAAAUGCGUUCUCCUCAAUUUAUGCACUGAUGAACAAAAAAAAGCAGGAUUCAAGAUUAGCAUACAGUAGUCAGACAGAUUUGCUCUAAACGAACUUUUGAAUAAUGUGAUUGCUCUAAUUUCUUGGAUUAGUGAUUUACUUGCUAAUUCCAGUAGACCAAAACAAAACUAACUCACUCACGUGCUAAUGAACACAAUUUAAAUUUCUUCUAAUCAUGUGAUUAAUACUUCAUUCAUUAGACUCAUCGCUAAAACAUUGACUUUCACUGAAAAUCCAUCGAAGAACAUGCAAGAAAAAACUUGUACAAUAGGUUAUCAAAUUUCUGUUUAUAUGUACAUAUUGUAUAUUACGUGAAAAACCUGAACUAUUUUGAUAUUGAAUGUUUUAUAAAACACACUGUAGUUGUCCUGUUGGCUUUCUGGUUGUAGCCCUGUGACUGUCAGCAUGUUAAUGUCCCUGCUUUCUCUUUGACAGGGGUGUGGGACACAUCGUCUGAGACUCAACUCCAACCUAGUUUUCUUUUCUACAUGUCCAAUUGGACUGAUACAUUGUCAGGGACUGGUACAUAGUUGGGUGGUGGUCACUAGUCUGCUUGUAGCCUUCUGCUGCUGCUGCCAAUGAAGUAGCCUUUGGCUGUUACAACUGGCUUCUUUUGUGAAGUACAUUGUUAGUUGUGAUUGUUUUGUUGUAAUAAUUAGUGUUUGUGUCAGUGUAUAUACAUUAUCAUUACUGUUCACAUUUUCGCCUGUAAUAGUUUCUGACUGAUGACAGAAAUCAUUAAGUUUCUGUUGUGGAUGUAAGUAAAGGGCAUUAAACUUUGUGAAAAAAAAUAACACCUGUCAAUGCAUUAAGUGUUUAUAUAUUGAUACGUAAGAAUUUUAUGACAAAUUUAAUUUGCUUACAGCGUUGAUUCAAACCUUCAGUUACAUUUAAUCAAUACACUUGUGAUUUGAGCUAACAGUGAAAAUAAUGAAUAAUGUACUUAACUAGUAAUUUGAGAAAUUUUGGAACAAAACUGAUAAAAUGAAAUGAAAUUUUGAAAAAGGUUAACAGUCUGUGUUAUUGUUUUAGAUUAUUCGUUAACUUGGGUAUUGUCAAUGACCAAUGUCAGCGUGAGCUUUUGAGUUUUAUUUCUUUGUUAGAAAAUGUUUCAUUUCAAUCAUAGUUUAUUUAUUUCAUGUCAAGUCAUUAUUUUAGUGUGUUUUGUUUGUCUCUGGUUGUGUUUUUUUUUUUUUUUGGUCCAAAUAUUUGUCCCAUUUGGUCCUUCAUGACUCCUCGUUUUUUCAACUGUGUUGUUUUAUUUGUCAGCUUUGUGUGGGUUUUAAUUUUUUCCUUUUUUCUGUUGCCAUUUUUUGUGAAAUAAAUAGGACCACUCCAAUUGUUUUGA